AUGGCUGAUGCUCUUAUUUGUCUGACUUGUGGGCAAUAUUUUGAACCUCAUACUGACGACGAAUCAAUAGAUGAAGAUCUUGUUAUAUCAAACUUGUUGAAUAUUAUUAUUAAUAAUUCAAUACAUACCAAAGAACCCAUUAGAGAUAGUAGCCUGACAGGUGCUGAAUGGGUUACGGAACUUAGAUCUGGCCACUCAGAUAGAAUAUAUGAGGCAUUUAGAAUGGAAAGAUUUGUGUUCAACAAACUUUGGCAAACAAUUAGCAAGUAUUUCAGCAAAGUGUUGAAUGCGAUGCUUCAAUUAGCACGUGAGAUGAUCAAACCACCACUUUUUGAUAUGGUUCCAAAGGAAAUUAAGGACAAUCCUAAACAUUUUCCAUACUUCAAGGAUUGUAUUGGCGCAAUUGAUGGCACUCAAGUAAGUGCUACGUUACCUGAGAAUAAGCAAAUACCAUUUAGAGGCAGGAAACAAAUUACAACCCAAAAUGUCAUGUGUGCAUGUUCCUUUGAUAUAAAGUUCACUUUUGUGUAUGCUGGAUGGGAAGGAUCAGCAAAUGAUUGUCGUAUUUUUAGUACUGCGCUUGAAACUCCAAGGUUGGAAUUCCCUCAUCCCCCACCAGGCAAAUUUUAUUUCGUUGAUUCUGGAUACCCAACAAGGGAUGGUUAUUUGACACCAUUUAAAGGAGAGCGCUACCAUUUGAAUGACUAUAGAGGAAGACGAAAUCAACCCAGAUCUACUAAGGAGUUGUUCAACCAUAGACACUCUUCUUUGAGAAAUGUAAUCGAACGGUCAUUUGGAGCUUUGAAGAAUAGGUUCCCAAUUUUGUGUAAAAUGCGUUCAUUUUCAUUUCGGAAGCAAGCUCUCAUUGUGAUUGCAUGUUGUGCAGUACAUAACUUUAUCAGGGAUCAUCAGAUAGCAGACAAAAAUCUAGCAUAUUAUGCAAAUCCCAACAUUGCAGCAUCAACCCAUACAUCUGCAACUAUAGAUGAUGAAGGCUCCUCAAAUCAAGUGACCCAAAUAGACAUUAUUAAGAAAAAUAUUGCAAACCAAUUAGCUAAAGAUAAUCAAUUGCCCCUAAUAUGA